AUGGCCGACAUGAAACAAGAACUCAACCCGACCGCUCCCGCCUCGAAGAAACGCAAGACCUCCUCUUCUUCUGCUCCAGACCUCAAGCCCCAAUCACCCUCGAAAGCCAAGAAGACAGACCACAGACACACCUUCUUCGGACCCGUUCAAAAGUCCGGAGCGUGGACUCAAGAGGAGGAUAAGAAGCUGUUUCAACACAUGUAUCCCAGGGCGACGGGGUUGAAUUGGGAGGUCAUCGCGAGGGAUAUCGAAGGGAGGAGUUUGCAUGAUUAUUUCGCCUUCAGAACGGCGGAGAUUCAGAAGGUCAAUGCUCGGCGACUCCAACCGGGGGGACACGACCUCGUGCUUGCACCUCGAUGGAAAGCGGUGCCGUUGUUACGCACCUGUAAAAUUCUAUUCACCAUCGCCGUGCAAGAACUUUAUCGCGACAUUGUCGUCCUUAACGGACCAAAUGCCAUCUACAAUCUGAUGAAUGGCCCUACUUUGCAUUCUCAUCAGCAUAUCAGGACGCUGGACUUGCUGAAUAAUACGGACGACUACUCGCAGGCCGAGCUCGAUGAGUGUAUCGAACGGCGGGUGUUUCAAUCGCAAAUCUUGGCGGGAAGGGAAUACAGCCAGAACUUGACAUCUUCGGCCGAUGAAGUUGAGCCUUUCAGACGCGAUUGGGAAACAAGGUGUAAGCCUCGGCUGAGAAGUCUCGCGAUCAAAGGUCAAUACUACCGCUUGGUCACUUGUCUUUUGAGGUUCUUUAAUAUCGAUCUGCUCACCCUACAUGGUUGGGCUCCGUGUGUACCGUUCUACAAGUUACCCUCAGGGUGCACGGGUGAUCAUGUCACACAUCUCGUACUGCAUCUCUUUGAUCCUUACGAUAAUGGGUUCUGCGGAGAAGAUGUUGCGGACGAUAUCUUUGAUUGGCUCGAGACUAUCACUAUCAGUUUGGGCGAAAUAGGAAGAGAACACGAGGAAUCAUGGUUGCCGGUGAUGGGACCAGAUGAACUGGCAGAGAAAUGCGACCAUCGAAUCAGCACGGCUCUGUCGACGCUUUAUAGCCCUGCCGAUCUCAUCUUCACGCCAUACCUCGACACCGGAGAUCAUCGCUUCUGCUUUCCGAAGGAGAAGCCACAGGACAUAAUGAUGGGCAAGAUGGGGCGGGAUUUUGAAGGCUUUGGAUCCAUUGAAUUUCGCUCCGGGUGCGAUUGUGGUCAGGGAGAUGCGACCAGGUUAUGGGAGGCAAUUGAAGCUAGUAUCUACAGAUGGCUACGAGAGCAGGAAAACAGAUGGCUGCAAAAGCAGGAAAACAGAAGGCUGCGAGAGCAGGGAACGAACGUCAGAAUGGGCACCGACGAGAACACUUCCGGUCCGAAGACCGCGCUUCCGCUCGAGCUCGUCACUCAAAUCUUGCAAGACUACUUCGCCUUCAGGCUGCGAGAACUCCAUCAACCCCGCGUCCGUCAUCAAAACGAUGAUGGGAAUGAUGUACCUCAAGAAGCCGAAUGGAACGCUUUGCCACUUUUACUUACCUGUAAACGGCUCUCAGACAUUGCAAUGAAGGAACUCUACAGGAACGUCUACCUGACCAGCAGCGAAGACACGCUGGUCAGACUCAUAAGUCGGCCUCCAGCGUAUAUCUACCAAUACAUCGAGACUUUGAACAUGAUGGAAGUGCAUCAUUUCUGCUGGGACACCUUGAACGAGUCCAUCGCCUACCGGGUAGUACAAUCGCAAGGUACAGCCUUGGCUCAAUUCGGGAUAGGAUCCCGUUGGACUUCUUUGUUGGAGGACGCCGAGCGCUUCACCAAAUAUUGGUCCUCCGAAUUCAAACCUCGACUCAAGACCCUGAUUUGCGCUCGGGGAGCAGCAUAUUGGCUGAGUUGUCUAUUGAAAUUCUUCAACAUCGAUCAAAUCUCCGUGCACUAUUGGCAGCCGUAUGAUCCCUAUCCCUAUUUACCAGGCGGUUACGCCAAAGAUUCUGUCAAGCACCUCGUUCUGUAUCUUGACGAGGCAAGCGAACUUCAGCCUGGCAGCGAGCAAGAAAAAAACGACCUCUUUCGAACCCUUGAAACUGUCACCAUCGUUCUUGGAAACCACAAGCAGCGGUCUCCCUUCACCCCGCCUGGGCUCCCCGUCGGACCCGAUUUAUUGGCGGCGAGAAGUGAACACCUCAUCGGCAGCAUUCUCAAUGAAGUGGAUCCUCUUCCAAUUGGCAACUUUGAGAUCAUCUUUUCUCCGUACGUGGAGACAGGGUAUCACGAGUACUGCUUGCCGAAGAAGAAGCCCCAAGGAGUGAAGAGAGGCGAAGGCGUCUUUGCUUCGGUCACUUCGAUCGAGUUUCGCUCCGAAUGCAAUUGUGGUCAGGGAGACAAGAACGAUUUAUGGAAGGCGGUUGAAGCCACUGCACAGAGCUGGAUGAAAGGGCGACAUCUUCCGGAGGCAGCAGAUACGGAGUAGAAAACGUAGAUAUAUGACUGGCGGGAAAACUUGGAGCAUCUGUACAUCUCUUUAUCGUGAUAGUUGUCGCAGCUGCUCGUACGCUGUUACAUGCUCAUGCGUCAAGUCAGAAUCCUAUGCUAAAGGAG